UUCUAUCUUAUCGUCUUCUUAUAGUUCUAUUAUUCCUCCUCUCAAAACUGAAGAACUCUCUCUCUCUCUCUCUCUCUCUCUCUCUCUAACUUGGUGUUACUGUAGGGGAAUGGUGAGGGAAGAACUGUACAUAACCGUACCGAACCUGUUCAGAUGUCCGAUAUCAAUGGACGUGAUGAGGUCUCCGGUAAGCCUGUGCACCGGCGUCACAUACGAUCGCUCCAGCAUCCAGCACUGGCUCGACUCAGGUCACGACACGUGUCCCGCCACAAUGCAAACUCUCCCUUCCAAGGACUUCGUCCCCAACCUCACUCUCCGCCGUCUGAUCAACCUCUGGGCCCAAUCGCACGGCCCUCCUUCGCCCUCUUCCUCCUCUUCCUCUCUCACCGUCUCCGAGCAACAGCUCAAGUAUGUGAUUGACGAAUUGAAGGGAAAGAACGAGGGAGAAAACUCGAAGCUCAUCGGAAAUUUGUCUUCUAUAGCCGAUUUCGCGGGUUUCAGCGACGAGAAUCGAAGAAGUUUGGCUGAUUUCGACGGUUUUGUGUCCGCCAUUGUCGGCGUUUUGAGCAGAGGAGGCGCGAAAAUGGAGAUUUUAGAAUUGGUAAUUAGGAUUCUGGAUUCCAUUUUGCUCGAUGAUCGAGGCAGAGAACAAGCACACGUGUUAAUUUCGAAGCGAAUCCAGGCUUUCUUGACUUCCAUUCGUCUGGUACUUCGAAACGCAAGCCUGAAAGCGAAGAUCGAAUCGGCUAGGGUUUUGAGAUCGAUCGCGAACGACGAACAGUCCAAACGCGCUAUCUCGGACAACAGAGAUCUCGUCCUCGAACUCCUCAACCUCCUCACCUCCGAAUCCGACUACGACCAGGCCUUGCAUGACGCCGUUUACUCCUGCCUAAUUGCGAUCUCCGCGACUCGUUCGAAGAAAGCGCAACUCGUCGGAUUAGGAAUCGUGAAUCUCCUAGCCAGAACGCUGUCGGAUAGAAACACGAAUAAAUCGGUCGCCGAGAACGCGAUGAAAUUGCUCUCGAUCGUGUCGACGUGCGCGGAGGGGAGGUCGGCCAUAAGCGAGGAUCGACGGUGCGCGGCGGCGGCGGUGGAGAGGCUGAUGAAGGUGUCGACGGUGGCGACGGAGGAUGCGGUGGCGGUGCUGUGGAGCGUGUGCUGCUUGCUUGGAGAGAAGAAGACGAAGGAGUCGGUGGUGAGGAGCAAUGGCGUGGCGAGGAUUCUGCUGGUGAUGCAGAGCGGGUACUGCGAGGGGCAUCCAGUGAGAAGAAUGUGUGGGGAUUUGCUUAGGGUUUUGAAGAUUGGGUGUUCUUCGGAUGGAUUUGGGUUGGGAAGUUAUCAGAGCAAAACUACUCACAUCUUGCCUUGUUGAUAAAUGAUUGGUCCAUUCUUUUUGGGAUUAUUCUGGUUUUUUUUUUUUUCUUUUCUUUUUUAAGUGUGAAUUUGGAGGGAACAAAAAGGAAAAGUGUUUUUGUAUUUUGUAUGAAUCCAUCUAUGGUUUUGGCCAGAAAGUUAUACUAGACAAGAUGUGAAAUUUUCUCUGUGCAAAGGAGGUGAUUUGCCUAGCAUUCCAUUGAGUC